CUCUACCCUUUUUCCCUUUAUCUCCGCCUCUCUCUCCUCUCCCCUUUUCUCCUAUUCCCAUCCUCCAUAUAUCCCCGGCUGCUUCCUGCUUGAGCCUGCUACAAAUUCGCGAAAGAAAGUGUCGGGCCAUCCGUUGUAGCCGCGGCCAGACAGUGUUAUAAAAGCCUUGCGAGAUCUCCCAUUGAGGGCGUAAAUUCCGUUGUUGCUGAAGGAAUAAAGACAGCCCUUCCUAGGACCGAGAAGUAGUGAGGAAGAGAGAGAAAAAGGAAAAUAAACAAAGAAUAAAUGACGCAAUAAACAGCAAACUAACGAUAUCGUCUGGGAGAAGAAUCGGAUUAUUUUUAUUUUUUUCCAUUAUUGUUUUUCUUUCGUGGGAUUCUUCUCCGAUAUCUUUUAUACGGUCCUUGUAGGCACUUCCAUAUAGUCUGAGAAGGAAGCGAAUAUAAUCAUGAUACUUUCGAGGUUCUGCAAAAUGACUUUAAGAUAACAACGAGCUCAUCAUGAGACAGCUGAGAAAAGCGCCUUUGCAUCUUGGAUCAUGUUCAUUCUACUGUACAUGAUGUGUGUACUGGCAGUCUGCGGCGGCCAAGGACCCGAGGAGGAGGAGGACUUCACCACCUUCCCCCCCGCGAACGAGACAGACCUGCCGCUCGUCACGCCCACGAGAUUCACCGCUGCCAAGGACACGCAGGCGGCGCCGCUGCUGGAGGAGGAGCCCUACUUCGACGCCUCCAUGUCGGCCACGUACACGGGCUACCUGGGCAAGACGGCGACCCUCACCUGUAUCGUCCACGCCGCCAAGAACGAUAAGUCGGUGUCGUGGAUCCGCGGGCGCGACCUGCGGAUCCUGACGGUGGGCGGCUACACGUACACGACGGACCUGCGCUUCGAGGCCUUCCACCAGCCGCACAGCACGGAGUGGACGCUCAGGAUCAAGUCGGUACAGCUGCGCGACCAGGGCGGCUACGAGUGCCAGAUCGCCACCAAGCCCAUCAGGACGUACCACGUGUUCCUCAAAGUAGUGGAACCAACAGUAGAGGUCGUUGGAGCACCAGACAUCUACGUAAACACAGCUAGCAUGAUCAACCUCACUUGUGUGGUGCACCAUGCACCAUACCCUCCCGAGGAUAUCACUUGGUACCAUGGCAACCAGACCAUCAGCUACACGUCCCCGCGGGGCGGCGUGAGCGUGGUGGAGGAGCGCGGCGAGACCACCACCAGCAUCCUCCUCCUGCAGAACGCGAGGGCGUCCGACUCCGGCACCUUCACCUGCCAGCCGGAGGGAAUGGAGCCCUCCCAGGUCACGCUGCACGUCCUGGAUGGCGAACGCCAACGACAGCUGGUCAUCCAAACAAACUCCAGCUGCGUGGCCACCAGCAGGCUGUCCGCCCUCUUCGUGGCCGCUGUCAUGGUCACCAUUGUCGUCCUGUGAAGUGACACGAGACAGACAGACAGACAGACACUGUUGCCUUUCGUAGACCAGCGUUUGUACCUCGAAGAAUACCAGACUGUACCUCCGCUGGCGGUUACGUUCGGAGGAAGAUUCGUUCAGUGUGCUGUACAAAGUGUCUUGUAUCAGUAACCUCUAUUUUAUACAUGGCAUAGCUAGUGAAAGAUGUUGUAAACUGUAGUGGUUGUUUAAAGUUUAGCUAUGAAUAAUAAUUUUGAAGACAUUAUAUUUCGGAAAUAUAUUGUUUACAAACAAAAGUUACAAAAAAAGCCCAAUAAAUCUUAUUUUGGUAAGGUAUACAUAUGAAUUGGCGUGCGUAAUUCUGUGAAAAAUCGUGCAUUAUCAGCGGCUAAAGAAUAAAGCUUCAGUAUUCAUUGUAGGUCUUAAGGUUGGCCAAAAAAUAAAUAAAUAAAACAUAAAUAAAUAAAUGAAUAAAUACACAAUUAAAAAAAUAAAUAAAUACAUAAAUAAUAAAUAAAAUAAAAUAAAAAAUAAAAUGAAAAGAACAUUAUUUCUACAAUGUUACUCGGUCUCAAACAAAAGAAAUAUGGGUUAAAUAUGUUUACGAAUUAACAGUGUUAAAAAAAAACAGAUGUACAUGAGUGUACAGUGUACAGAAUCGUGAAAGGUAGGCUUAAUUUUAUAAGUAAAAUAGAUAUUGUACUUUCCAUAAAUGCCUCACAGAUGUGGAGACUGCCGUGUGCUGAUAUAUAUAUGCUAGUGUCAUGUUACCUUAUUUUUUCAAGUAAAACAUCAUCAUGACAUAUGCAAGCCCAUUAAAAUACAAAUUUGAAAUGUCCACUUAAAUAAUUAGAAAGCAUGAGUACUAAUGAAAGAUUCACCUUUUGUUUAAUCAAAAACUGUUUACCAAAUUUUCACGAGAAAGAAAUAUCACUUGCAUGUCUGUGCCGGCCGUAAGGAUUUUACAAAUUCCAUAAAAACCCUCUUCCGCUCCGUUUCACAAGGAAAUGCACAAUACUUACCAAGAGCAAACGUUGUCCUGUAGUUACACACUCUGAAGGUUUAAUGUCAGAACUGUCAAAACUUUGUUUCUAACACAUGAGGAUAUAUUUCCAAACUUUAUUUUGGCAGACACUGCGCCUGCCAUUGGCUCUUGGUUCACUCUCUCCCGUUCUCGACGGAUUUCUCGAAAAACCUGUCCACUCUACAGAACGUAUUGUACCUUCCGAAAGGCCGAUUGCCAACUCAUUUCGGGCUCAUUCCAGACUCCAAAAUGAGGCUGGGGCUUGACUAAGUGAUUCGGGGGAAACUUGGGGCAUUUCUGGUUACUUCGGACGGAGGAAAAAUACUCCGGAGUUGUUGCUAAUUUAAAGUUAAUUUCGAGGUAACUUUGUGUAAAUCUUAUCCAACUCUAAUCUUAAUUUUCCCAAUGGAUGAUCACGUGGCAAAUAGCAAAUGGACAUUUGACGCGAAGGAGAAUGCCAAAGCGAAACAAAAAAGAGUGAGAAAAAAUUAUCAGUAAAAGCAAGUCCUUGAACAUUUUCUUGACAAAAAAAAAAAAAAAAAAAAAAAAAAAAAAAAAAAAAAAAAAAAAAGAUUAGUAUCCUGUUCAUCCUUUCUGACUAAAUUCUAAAAACCUUUUCAUCAAGCGACAUUGGAACGAUAUAUCGACCACAUCUAACUGCUCUUUCUGUACAAAAUUAUUCAAGUAAAAAUGAUCUUUGGCCAACGUGCAUACGUCUAUGAAAUGUAGAUAUGUAUAUAUUUGUAUAACAA